UGUGCCGAAGGCGAAUUGUGUUGGUUGGAUGUGUGUUUGUAAUUGAAUGUUUUAAAUAUUCCUUGAUGUGUCAUGGAGCUUCGGAUGAAACUUCAAUUUCGUACCCUUUUAGUGCUCAAAUAAAUUAGUCAGAUGUUUAGGUUAGUGAAAUGAUUUUCCCAUGGCUAAUAAAUGUCCUGAACUCAUAUCGUUUGAAAAAGUUUGUGUCGCUUAUGUUGAUACUUUGCGAAACUCAAUCAACAGGUUACCGUUAGGCAUGACAAUUAAAAUUCUUUUGUUUGUGUUGUGAGUGUCAGUGAUCAAGGUUUUAAAAAUGCGUGCGGAUAUGACAAAACGUGUUCUUACAUUUUGUACAUUUUUUAUAUGUUGUGGGUGCCUAGCACUUUUAUCGGCGUCCUUUGCAACGCAACAAUGGAUAGUUGCUAAACCUUUAAAGGUUGGAUUACCGCCAAGCAUAAGCAACGCAACUGCUGGUGAUAGUAAUAAAUUUCGUGGAGAACUGCAUUUUGGACUUUUUGAAGGCUCAAAAACAUUAAACCAUGGCUUCGGCGACAGAAAAACUCAUAUAUGGGUUCAACAAGAAAUGGUGAAAAAUCCUCAGCUUUUUUUGUUCAGUUUAUGGCUGUUAACUAUUAUGGGACUUGCUUUAGCCAUGUUGUUUGCCUUAAUAAGUGCUGUGUUUGCUGUCAUUAACACAGUUGUUACUCCAGUUGAAGUGAUUACUGGAAUUGCUGGUCUAUACCUGUGGAAUGGUAUAGGAGCUCUCUUCUCUGCAUUAAGUGUCCUUAGCUGGGUUGCACAAUAUUUUGCUAAGCUGAAGGCAAAUGUCAUGACUAAAGAUGAAUUAGAUCAACAAUGGACUUCUGAAGAUAAGGCAUGGCUGGGAUAUAGUUUCUGGUUUGCUGUUGUUUGUUUUAUUUUAUUUCUUAUCAACAUUAUUAUAACGUCAUUGGCUAUGAGACAGCCUUGGGAAAGAAGAAAGCCUAAGCUUACUAUGAAUAAAAACCCGGAAGGUGUUAUUAUGUUAUACUGAUGUUCCUUUCUCUGCUUUUUGUGUAAAUAUUGUUCGUUUUAACAGUUUACAUUUGUGACAUUUACCUUAUAUAAGGGGGAGUUGUUGUGAUAGUAUAUAAAUCUCACCUUGUGUAUAGUAAAUGUGCUGACAUUGUGCCUUUUGUUGUUGUUAUAUUGAUGCCAGAUCUUAUAACUUGAAAUUUUGAUGCUUUUGUGAUUUGGUGCUUGUAGAAAAUUGUGUAUCACUUUUUAAUAAAAUAGAAUUUUCCAAAAGCUUUUCACAAAGAUUAAAGAGUGCCUACAUUAAUAAACUGCAUGAGAUUGAUUUUCAGUUUUAUCAUUGAUAUGUCUUUCCUA